AUGUGGCUCUCUCUGGCCCUGUUCCUGUCCCUCUCUGCUGGCGCUCUAUCGUUCGUGUGCCCGCCGAAUAGUACGAUUAUUCCCACCGAGCACCAGUGUAUCCUUCCCAUCCCGGGAGCUGUGAAUUACAUCAACGCUGUCCGGGGCUGUGAUCGACAGAAUAGCAAUGUGAUCAUGAUCAAGAACGCCUUCGAGAAUGCGGUCAUCUACGGGGUUCUCGUCCAGUGGUUCCCUAAUGCCGACGGCGCCUAUAUCGGCGUCGAAAGAGCCACAGAUUCAUCAUGGGUUUACUCGGACGGCACGAACAUCACUUAUGCAAAUUGGGAUACCAGUGAGCCAUCAACUGGGGAUUGUGUGAUGAUGGAUCGACAGACGAUGAAAUGGAAAGCGACGGAUUGUUCCACGCCGCUGCCUUACUUUUGUGGACUUGAUGGCGACAAGCUUCAAUGCCCCGAUGGAUGGGCCUAUGCCCCGGGACCGGAUGCGUGCUACUACGUGCAGGGGCCGGAAGCCUCGCCGGAGUCGCCGGAUGACUGCGAAUAUUCGAGGGCUUGGAUCGGGCUGUAUGGGACGGCAGAAAUUGGAGAGACAACGCCGUGGACCGAUGGCACAUUUGUCGAUUAUCGAGAUCCGAAAACGGCCCCGGCUAAUGGAAGCGUUUAUUGGACGACACACGCGGCCUCUUGCUUGACCUACGCUAAUUGGGAAGGAAUUCCGGCCAGUGGCCCGCAAGCCGCUCGCUACGUCUGCAAGAAGGAGAACCAACGCGCUCCCGAAGAGCCCGAAGCC